AUGGCUUUCUCGGAGAUCCACAACGAAACUCUGAGAUCCGCAUUAUGGAUUCCUAUACAAGUCAAUUCUGUACCUAACAAUGAUCGAACUGAAACUUACCUUGCAAAAGCUAUUUUUACCGAUCAAUCCUACCUCGUGCUUGUCACUAACUUACGGUAUGUCUGGUUUGAAGAAUUGUUUGCUGACGAGAUAACUAAAAAAUUCCAGGAAAGCCAAAGCUUUUUCUCACCAAUAUUCGAAAUGAAAGUCACUUUGGACCACGGUCGUUUACCAGAAUACAUGCAAUUUUUAUCCGAAUAUUUAUUACCACAACGCUCUGACGUCACUCAUAAAAUUAGUCUGCAAAACGAUAAUCUAUUGUUAGAAUCAAAGAGAAAUGUGGGCCCGAUGGAAUUGACUUGGUCAUUUUCGUGUAAAUUAAUCCCAACCUCUUCACCUAAAAAAACAUCAAAUCCUGAUUCUGAUAAAUUUGUUGAUAGUGCAACAGUAUUAUAUACACAUUUCAUCCUUCCUCACUUGUUAGUAACCUCUGCUUAUAAUCAGCAGAUAGAAAUGUUACAUAGUUACAUCAAAUCAAAAGAAGAACGAUUUAGUGAGACUGUUCGUUUAAUGUCUUUGAUGCGAUUAGAGACUCCGGGUAAAACUGACAAAAGCUCUGACAACACUUCACCGUCUUUCGAUCCGGAGAAAUCUUAUGAAGAAAUCGAGCAGAUUAUUCAGGAUUGCAAUGUUUCAGAAAAUAAUGCGACUCUAAAUGUCUGCAAUUAUCCUACGUUUUCAAGACUGUUUAGAACUGCAACAGAACGCGUUAUCCCCCAAAAGGAUAAAUUCCCAUCAACUUCUGUACUUCCUGAAAAUUUAUCUUAUUCUUCAUCAGCCCCUACGUUUUCUGCUUUCGAAAACCUCCCAGUGUCACAACUUGCGACCCUUAAGCUACCGAGCCUUUCAGAUACGCAACUUACCAAGUUAUUUACACCGUAUAAUGAUCCUGCAUUCCCAAAUUCACCUGAUGAUCCACUUUAUGUUUCUCAAAAUACAAAAGCUAAUGACGCUGAUGAAAUUGAAAUAUUAUCACCAUCCGUAUUUACUUCACAGGUGAAGUCGCGUGUACAUAAUAAUCCCGAGGGACUGCCACGUGACGUCGGCAAAUCAAAAGUGAGCAAUGAUAAGUUAGAUUUGGCUCAGCAAGAACGAGAACUUGAAAAAAGACGACAGUUGAAAGAAAUGGCUGCGAAACAAGAAAAAACGACCAAGAAACAACAAAAGGAACUCAAUGAGAUGGACUCCUUUCCGAAAAAUUCAUCGCUUCCAACAAGCUUUGAGCAAUUGGGGUUGAAUUCAUGGUUAAUAGAUGCAUUAAACGCAAUGUCUAUAAAAUUCCCAACUGAAAUUCAAAGUGCAUGUAUACCUAAAAUUUUGUUAGGGAAAGAUUGCAUAGGAGAAGCAAAGACUGGAAGUGGUAAAACUGCUGCUUUCGCAUUACCAAUUUUACAAAAGUUGUCUGAAGAUCCUUUUGGUAUUUUCGCUCUUGUUUUAACUCCUACAAGCAAGAUUCGAUUUUUAGUACUCGAUGAAGCUGAUCGUCUUUUAUCGGAUACCUUUGCAGAUGACCUUAAUGUCAUAUUUGAUAAUAUACCUUCAAAACGACAAACGUUGUUAUUUACGGCGACAAUGACAGAAAAUAUUCUAGCACUAGAAAAUCUUGAAGAAGAUCCGGGCAAGAGACCUUUCGUUUAUCAAAUUAAAUCAGAUACAUCAACAGUAUCAACUCUGGCACAAUAUUACAUUUUCAUACCAUCUCACGUCCGUGAACCUUAUUUAGUCCAUCUUCUUCGCUCUGAACAAUUCUUAAAUCAAUCUACAAUAAUAUUUUGUGGACGUUGUAAAACUGCUGAAUUAUUACGCGUAAUGUUGGUAGAACUGGAUAUUCGAUGUACUAGUUUACAUUCAUCAAUGAGUCAGAAAGAAAGACUAAAUAGUUUGGGAAAAUUUAAAGCGGAAGUUGUAAAAGUUUUAAUAGCUACAGAUGUUGGUAGUCGAGGUGGUGUAGCGUUAUCAAUUGUUACGGAACGUGACAUAGAUCUUGUUCACAACAUAGAGGCUAGGACAAGUAAAUAA